CACAGUGGAAAAUUCGACGGGUUUCGGUUACGAAAUGUGAAUUAAGCACGGAAGUUGUCAUCAGGUAAAGUAGAUAUGACGAAAUUACGAGAUUAGAGAUGGACAACUCUCGAGUUCUGAGGUUAAUGCGCUUGGAGGAUAUGGAGGAGAUACUACAGCGGCAUCGGUUCAUGCACGCUUUUCCCCGUCGCCGGCUUCGCAUUCGGGACAAGGGUGAAGCGGCAAAACAGCCACGGUUUGAGAGGAUACUGGUAGAGGGGGAUGUGCUGGGGUAUGUUCCUAAUGAAGAUAAUCGAGUCGGUGUUUACAUCUCACCUCACCCACUAACCCCAGACAACAAUUACUUUGAGGUAGAAAUCCUGGACACUGGCCUAAUAGGGGCCAUUGCUAUUGGUCUAGUCCCUUGCCAUUACCCAUUAGACAGGCAGCCUGGCUGGAACUCGGAGUCUGUAGGAUAUCAUGCAGAUGAUGGGAAGCUGUUCAAGGCAAAUGGGUUUGGUAGAGUUUUCGGACCAAAGAACUAUAUAGGGGACAAAGUUGGUUGUGGGAUAAUAUUUGAUAGAGAUGAGGAUGAAGAAGGUCACAAACCAACAGCCAAGGUUUUCUUCACACGGAACGGCAAAGAGAUUGGGAAAGUAGCAGUGCCUGUGCCUGCUGAGGGCCUGUACCCUGCCAUUGGUAUGCACUCCGAGGGGGAGGAGGUGCGACUCAACCUGGAGGCAGAGUGGCAGGCUGAGGACGUGAUCCUCAUGGCCGUGGACAACUGUGAGGAGGAGUGGUCACGUCUCCAUGACGUCAAGCUGAACGGCAGUGUAAGUAUCCUGGAGUACACUGGUCGAGGGAAAAGCAUAAUAGAUGUGGGUUUGGCCCAAGCCAGAUUUCCCCUUGACACAACAUACCACUACUUCGAAAUAGAAAUUGUGGACCCAGGAGAAAACUGUUACAUAGCCAUAGGUCUAGCCAGAAGGGAUUAUCCAAAGCACAGACACCCUGGGUGGAACCGAGGCUCCAUAGCCUAUCAUGCAGAUGAUGGGAAGAUAUUUGUGGGCAGUGGAGUAGGUGAUCCAUUCGGUCCAAGGUGUCAUAAAGGUGAUAUAAUGGGUUGUGGGAUUCUGUUCCCGCGGGAUUAUAACAGUGAUGCUGACAGUGAUGGGUCAUCAGCAGCCAGCCCUGACUACCCUAAUGUGGAGGAGCUGUUAUUGGAGGACUAUCACACUUCUGACUCAGAUGAGGAGGAGUUCUGGGGACCAGGGGCAGGGCCAUGGGAAAAACCCAUCGCAGAAUAUGGUGCUAAGGUCAAGAUAUUUUUCACACGAAAUGGAAAAACAAUAGGCCAGAAAGAAAUCCGUAUGCCAAAGGGAGGUUUCUAUCCAACAGUUGGAAUGUUGAGUAGUGAUGAAAAAGUGAGAGUUGACCUUCGUCCUUUGACUGGUUGAAAGCUUCUGCUUGUUUUGGAUGAUAAGCUGAAAGCUCAAGUGUUGACUGCCAUGUAAGCGUGUGGACAUCUAUGAGAGGACCUGCUGUGGGAGAUAUGUCCACUUGGUCAGUUUUGUGAUCAAUGUUGUGUUAUGUGUGCGUGAGGUGGAGUGGCUGUGUCAGACUGUUAACUGGUAUUUCUGAUAUUUUAUUGUAUAAACUGUACAGAUGUAGUCUCCAAGCAGCUCUUACCAAGAUAAAAAUCAGCAGCUGCAUGCAUUGCUUUAGUGAAACUGUUACAUAUUGUAGACUUGUGCAGCAGUUCGGUAAUGUUUUAGUAUCACAGGUAACUCAAAGCUUAUACCUGGACAAAAUAUGAAAGUUAUGCGGUAAUUUGAGACAUUGACUUUGUUGAUAGCAGGGCCAUACCCUGUUAUUUUAAGGUAUCUCAGUUGUACUGUUGAUGCCAUCUAGCUGUUGUGGCUGUGUCAUCUAGCUGUUGUUACUUUGUCAUCCAGCUGUUGUCAUCGGGCUGUUCAGGUGGUGUCAUCCAGCCGUUGUCACAAUGUCAUCCAGCUGUUGUGGCAGUGUUAUCCACCUGUUAUGGCAGUGUCAUCCAGGUGUUAUGGCAGUGUAUUUAAGCUGGUAUGGCAGUGUCAUCCAGCUGUUAUGGCGAUGACAUUUAGCUGUGAUGUGGGUGUCAUCCAGCUGUUGUAGCGGUGUCAUCCAGAUGUUAUGGCAGUGCAUUUUAAGCUGCUAUGGUGGUGUCAUUUAGCUGUUACAGCGCUGUCAUCCAACUUGUAUGGUGGUGUCAUCCAGCUUUUAUGGCAGUGUCAUCCAGCUUUUAUGGCAGUGGCAUCUAGUUUUCAUUUUAGUUUCCUCCAGUUUUUAUUUUUAUGUCAGCCAGCUGUUCUGUUGGUUCCAAUAACAUUGAGCUACACAUGUGUUUCUUAACACUGUUGCCAAGUCCCCUGGUUUCAGUUCAUGGUAACAGAGCCAGUAUUGACAGUGCUAGUGUUUUGAUCAUGUUUGGAGAUCAUAUAUUAAUUGUAUGUAGAUCCUAAAACUCAAAACACAUACCUGUUACUUUUAUCCAUCUGUGCAAUUGUUGUCUCUUGUGUUCUUUUUUACAUAUUUCGUUUUAAUACUGUGGCUUUUAGCAGAGUAGAUUGUUUGAUAUUUAGACUGGUAUAUAUUUUGCUAUUUGUAUAAUUUUAGAGAAGCUGUAUUAAUGCUGCAGUUAUCAUGUGCCAUUUCCAUGCCAAAGACUUGCACAAGUAUAAAUGAGAUAGGAAUACUGUAGUUACCCAGACCAGCCAUAGUUCUCUGAGCACACGGUAACACUGCUGUGUAGAGGUUCUAGGGGUGGGACUGGCUUUAGUCUCUGUGUAGUCACCCUUGUCUACAUGUACUUACAGGAGCAGGGUGAUGUCAUCUCCUUUUGUAGGCUUUUGUUGUUGUUUUGGACAUUCCGUUUGUGCAUGUCUCAAGUUAGAAAGGAUAUUUCUUAAAUUGAAUGUCAUCAUUUUGUUCCACAUAUCUUUUAGUUUAACAGAAUUGUAAAAAAAACUUAAGGAGGUAUUGUCACUUCCUUUUUCCUUUUGUGUCAAAAUGUUGUAAACAUGAAUUUGUUGUUGAAGAUAUGAGAGUUGGUUUGCAAUUUAUACAGUUGCAGAUUUGAAGGAGCUUCAAGUCAGUAUGUACAGAACUUAUCACAAAUAGGUUGUUAUAGUUCAUGGCUUCUGUUAAGAUGUCUGGUUAAGUAUUUUGUCACUUGUUAUUUUCCAUUCAGGGAUAGUAUUGAAACCUCAUAAUCGGCUUAUGUACAUGUCUUAUCCCCCAGUCCAGUUGUCUGUCCAGUGUAAUUUGUGUUCAUGCCAUACAUCCGCAGCAGUUUAUAUUUUGUGUAUAUAUGUAUAUGUAUUUAUUAUCAGGCAAGUGAUGUGAUAUUUAUACCUAUCCGUGCAAACCUUUUAGCCUGUUAUUUUAGCCAGCACGAUGUUGGCAACUGUUGUACAUUUGGAAGUUUCAGACUGGACACGCUGGUCUGUCUUGUGUGUGGUGGAGGAAGUUAAAACUGAACCUAGUUCGGUCUUUUCACUUCCAUUCUCAAGGUCGCUGUGGUGCAUCUUGGGAUGUCCUGUUACUAUGCAUUAAUAUGUAUGGAUGGUUUGUUUUGUUUUUUUG